ACAAACCUGUGUGUGUAUGUUGUAAUGCGUACAUCAAAACAUAUUUGUCAUUUCCCUGAAGUUAAAGGGCGUAACUGGCGUAACUGCGGAGUUACGCCCGUUUCCUCUCUCUGAGCGUUAGGUUCCAGUUUCAGGAGAAACGAAAGUCACAGGCGUCUCGUGACUGAACGAACGACGGAAGUUCGCUUCGCGUCAGUCGCGCGAAGGCAGGCUGUGCUGCUGACGGGUCAAAACAAAGCCAAGAGGCGGCUUGCUGCGAACAUAGGUGUUUUCUUCCACUUCCUCUCAGGUGUGUGCUCUGGUGUCAGCGCUCAGCUCCGCGGAAUGGGCCGUCUUUCCGCUCAGUUCGCCUCACCGCGCACCACCCCUGCAGCGAACUCGCGUCUUUCGCGCGACGUGUCGCGACGUCCUUAUAAAAAGCGUCUCCGCUCCUCAUCCGAAACACUGCUGCACAAACUGCUGCUAACGCUACAACAGUGAUCCCAAUACUAAUCCAGCUACAACCAGACGAGUUGACCGCAGAGGCCAGGAAACAGCUGAGGAUGAGCGCCGCAAAGAGUGAGACUACACUGGAGGCCAAACUGAAAAAGCUGCAGUGCCACUUCACCUGGGACCUGGGUGACAACAAGACCAAACUUUUACGUCUCAGUGAGACACUGCAGGACAUCGGAACUGAUGAGGGAAACUGUUGGCUGGGUCACAUUUACAACCUGCAGGGCUACAUCCACUUCCAGCUGGGAACCGAUGAAGCCGACAAAGCCAGGAGUUUCUUCAGCAAGGCUACAGAAGCUCUAAACCGAACAAGAGACGCAGACCGGGGUCCAUGGCUGCUGGUGAACUAUGGAAAUCUGGCUUGGCUGCACUAUCUCCAAGGUGAGGAAGCAGAGAGUCAGGCUUACCUGUCAAAGGUCACUGCCCUGAUGGAAGAAUUCCCAUCUCCAUCACAGGACGAGCUGCACCCGGAGAUCUGUGCUGAAAAAGCCUGGACUCUGCUGAAGUUCAGCAGAGAACAAAAGCUACUGGCAGGCGAAUACUUCCAGAAAGCCAUCGAGAUGCAGCCAGACAUGGUGGCGUGGCAGACCAGCCAUCUGUUAGGGUUGGCCAGUAUUCAUAAGCACAAUGAGAACGAACUAGAGGCAGACUUCAUGGAGAGAAUGCAGAAUGCCAAGGAACAGGAUCCAGAGAACCUGUACCUUGCUGCAGUGUGCCUUAAGCAGCGUGCCAGCAGAGGAGAAGAUGUUGAAGAUGAAGCAAGUGAGUUGGCAACAAAGAUUUUGGGAAAUCCUGUCAGCAGCUACAGUGGAAUCAAAGUGAUACUACGGAUUUACAGAGGCAAUGACUCUUUUGCCAGGGCUACAGCCUUGGCAGAGGAGGCUCUCCAAAACCAUCCAGACGAACGUUAUCUGAAAAGAUGCCUGGCACUCUGUUACAAGUGGAAGAUCAAUUCAAGGGGCAGUCGCCCAACACCGCAAAUGAUAGAUAAAGCGAUCAGUCUCCACAAGCAGGUGAUUUCUCUUUACCCACAUUCUUCCUUUGUCAAGAGAAUGGACCUCGCAAAUGUGUACGCAAAGUCCCCUCACGGCCUGGGUGAAGCUGAGGACAUAUACCGGGAGCUGCUCAAACGUGACCUGCAACCUGCAGACAAGCAGGUCCUUUACAACACGUACGCAAAAUUUCUAAACUUCGAACGGCAGGACCGCAACGGAUCGGUGGAUUAUCACAUGAGGGCGGCGAAGAUACCGCACGAGUCGUUCUAUCGACAGAACAGCAUUAAAGCUCUGGAGAAGAUCAGAGACAGAGGCAGGAAUCGAAGGGGCCGUGAAAUUGAGCAGUUUCUGGACAGACUGUGAACAUCACAGUGAUCCUUGUGACAUCACUUUUCUUCCAUAGCAAACAGCUCAGUUGAUGUUGAUGUCAUGUUGUUUGGUGUUAAUGUAGCUUUACUGCUCUCUUCUGGAUGUAGUCACCCAUUACUUCUACUGAACUGGGAUGAUAACAAAUAUAAUAGCUUUGAGUGUUUCACAAAUAUCAAUCUUAAAUCAUCAUUUAUUCUCUAUUGCAGUAAAGAUUGGUGAUAAUUAAUUAAUGACAUGCAUGUAACAAUUAAUUGCAUUUUAUUGCUUACACUCUGUUUUUGAGAAGUAAAAAUAUUGCUGUAUUGCUUUA